UUGUCAUCGAAGUAUGCCACCUCUCAACCACAGUUUCACACCUCUUAGUGGUGCCACAUCGAGCUCAUCCUGAAACUAUAAAUAAACCACCACCCGCUCCAAUCGAACAUAUAUUGUGCUCUAUCAUCAUCAACAAUCCUCUUAUACAACUAUACACAAUGUCUCCAUCAUACAAGCCAAUCGUCGCCAUCUUCGGUUCUAACGGGACCUUGGGUAAGCCAAUCCUCGACUCGCUCACCUCUUCCGAGUUCAGCUCCAGAUUCCAGUUGCCAAUCAGAGUCAUUACCCGCUCUAAGGAAGGCAAGCAGGACUCGGCUGCGAUCAAGUACUACGAAGCCUCUGUGGAUGACACUUCUUCCUUCAAGGAUGUGUUAGAUGGCACCAGUGUGUUUGUCUCCUUGGUUGGCCAUGCUGUUGACGGAAAGGCAAUUUUGUCUAUUAUCAAGGCCGCUCCUUCUUUGAAGGUCUACAUUCCAUCUCAAUUCGGGUCUGACCUUGACAAUACCGGCUAUCUCCCUAUCCCUGCCUUUACAGGGAAGACCGCCCACUCUGUGGCUGCGCGUGAACAAAACCCAGGUUUGAAGGUGGUUGAUAUUUACAAUUCAUUCUUCAUCGCGCCUGGCGCCUGGUUGUAUGAAAUCGUUGGCCACGUCGGUAUCGAUCCAGAGUCCAAGACCGCCACUAUCAGAGGUGACCCGGCUUUUAAGUUCAAUGUUUCCUCGUUCCCGGAUAUUGCCAACACCGUUGCCGUGGUGGCCUCCACUCCUCCGGCCACGUUGAAGGACACCAUCAAGGUCUACUCUGACAGCGUCACCCAGGAAGAUGUUAUCAGCAAGUGGGAGCAGUCGCACGAUGUUAAGUUGGAGAGAAAGUACGUGUCGGCGGAGGACACCUUGGCCGAAGCUAAGGCUAAGUUGGCCGAUGGUUUCAACUUUAAGGACUUUUUCUUCUACUUGCAAACUUUCCUUUCCCAGGGCGAAGGUAAGGGUCUUGCUUACCACGCUGAUAAUGACAGAGAGUUGCUCAACCCGGAUGAGUCUUUGUGGAAGUGGACUAAGUUUUAGACAAUGAGAAAACUUGAAGUCUUGAACUUUUUUACUUGUAAUCUUGAUUGAGUAUUUUAUAUGGUUUUAAUUUCUAAUUUAAUAGUCAUCUGUAUUAUCGCGC